AAGCUUUUUACUCUUGAACGUGUCAAUAUAAACGAAAUUUUUAAAACUGUUACCUCUCAAAAAGGAAAAGUAAAACUAAAAGUUCACGGUUUCUUGUUAGUUAAAGAACGCUCUGUGGAAAAUACUUAUUACUGGAGCUGUGAAAAAAAAAGAUCUAAAAACUGUCCAGGCCAUGAACACGAACACUCCCCUCAAGCAAGUAGUAGUAAAGUGGCUGUAAUAGUUGAACGUAUUAAACGACAAGCAAGAAAAACUCAUGACUCACCUGCUCAGAUUAUCCAAAAUAAUAUUGCUUCUGUUGAUGAAAAUUUGGUAUCUAAUAUACCUUCAAAGGAUGCACUUCAUAUGAGAAUAAAGCACAUUAGAAGUUCUGAAAUGCCCCCACAACCUCAAACUCUUGAUGAAGUCGAUGUACUACUUCCAUUUCAAUAUACUUUAAAAGAAGAACUUGUUUCUUAUUAG